GGAGGGAGCCGGGCAGCGGCUGAAGGAGCACCGCACGCCGCCACACCCUUGUGCAAAGGUGCACCGAGGAGCCAAAAAAAAGACGAAGUCCCAACACAGAUUCACCUUCUCGGAGUGUUUGGAAAGAUGCAGACUUCUCGCAGGGACAUAUUGAAGCAACAGUGAGCUGGAGGAACUCAACAGGUCGGGCAGCAUCUGUGGGAGGAAAGAAAUUGUCAACGUUUCAGGUCAAAGCCCUGCAUCAGGACUGAGAGUGGAGAGAUUUUGCAAUGGAUUCUCUGAUUGCUGCAAAUACCAACUUUGCCUUUGAUCUCUACACAAAGCUAAAAGAAGAAACUAAAAAUGAGAACAUAUUUCUGUCUCCAUUAAGUGUCUCAGUUGCUCUGAGCAUGGCAUAUCUUGGUGCUAGAGGCAACACUGCAGAUCAGAUGGCCAAGGUUCUGCAUUUUGACACAAAACGUGAUGUCCAUGCAAGAGUCAAGGAACUAAUGGCCAAUAUCAACAAACCUGAUGCUUCUUAUCUUCUAAGACUGGCCAACCGUAUGUAUGGAGAGGAAACCUUCAACAUUCUCAGAGAAUUUCAAAGCUCCAGCUUGAACUACUAUGAAGCAGAAGUGGCUGCUGUCAGUUUUCUAAAACACUCAGAAGCUGUCAGGAAUGAGAUCAAUACUUACGUAGAAAAUAAGACUGAGGGUAAAAUUAAAGAUUUGCUGCCAGAGGAUGCGAUUACUCCUCUCACUGUUCUUGUUCUUGUAAAUGCCAUCUACUUUAAAGGGAAGUGGAACAGCAAAUUUGAUGAAAAAGAUACGUAUGUAACCAAGUUCAAGAUGAACAAGAAUGAGUCCAAAACAGUGCAUAUGAUGUUCCAGGAGGAAAAUUUCAAUUUUAGUUAUAUUGCUGAACUCAAAACCAGUGUUCUUGAGCUUCCUUAUGAACAGAAGGAACUGAGUAUGAUCAUCCUACUGCCCGAUGACAUCAGUGAAAACACGACUGGACUGGAACAGCUUGAAGAGGCACUUGCAAACAACACUCUGCUCAAACGGAUUAACCUGGAAAAUAUGACUAAAGAGAAGGUUGCCGUUCAUCUGCCCAGAUUUAAACUGGAAGACCAGUUUAAUCUUGAAGAUAAACUUUCGGCAAUGGGAAUGAUUGAUGCCUUUGAUCAAUUAAAGGCUAAUUUCUCUGGCAUAUCUGAGAAAAAUAAUUUCUCUUUGUCAAAGGUUAUUCAUAAAUCCUUUGUGGAAGUUAAUGAAGAGGGCACUGAAGCAGCUGCAGCUACAGAAGUAAAGUGCAUGGUCUUAUGUUACGUUUUUCCCAGAAAAUUUGUAGCAGAUCAUCCCUUCCUGUUUUUCAUCAAACACAACAAAACACAGAGCAUUUUAUUCUUUGGCCGAUACAGUUCACCAGUGGAUGAAGCUGUGGAAAGUGGGGCCUCAGGCAACAUGAUACAGCAGGUUCAAAGCCGCAGAUAAAUGAAGCAAGAGCGGAGAAGAGUCAACUUAUGAUUCAAGUAGAUAUAUUGCAUUACACUAUAUUACAGGGAAUUUGUCAAUUACCAGUUGGUGAAUGGAGGCAAUAUGGUAUAGGGCUGAUUUAUUCACAUCAGGGUAACACAUCCUUCUCUCGUUGGUUACUGCUGUGUACUCAUUGCUGUCUUUAGUAUUUUAAUUUUUAACCUUGCCUACAUGGUGAUGAAUAAUUUUCUGCAUGUUUUGCUUUCACUAGCUUGAAAAUGUUAAUGUGUAAAAUUGUACCUCUUGCGAUUCAUAUUCUUGGUAUUCCAAAGGCAAAUUUUCCUUCAAAAGUUCAAAUUAUUCAGUAAUUCAAAUCAAGUAAUUUUAACAAAAUAAAGAGAAAUUACAACUG